AUGCCUGAUGCGUCACAGGCUAUAUGCAUCGAUUCGGAAGAGGAAGCGCCGGCGCCGCCAAAAAAGCGAAAACACGUUGUGCAGACCGCACCACAGCCGGUGAUAGUGAGUUGCAUUGACCUGGAUGAUGAGGACAAGUCCGACAAGGUAAAACACACCAAGUGCAAUGCAGAUGCCGUUUGCUUAUCAUCUGACGAGGAGGCUCCAGCCAUUGUGAUACCACAAAAGCCCCAGACGGCUCUGCAUACUCUGCACACGGUGCCCAAAGAGGCACUUUGUGAAGAUGCCGUCGCUGAUGAGUUCGAACGCCGGGCGCAGGAUCUUGCAGAUGCAGCUUUGAGAAAUCUGUCACCGGCAGCUCGUGCUGCCAGGAUGGUCAAGGCAGACACCAGUGUAUUUUGGACUUGGCUCAGCUUGCUGGAAUCAAGGGGUAUUUCCAGUCGUUUGCUUCCGGUGUUUGUGUUUUUGGGUGUGGCCGAAAGGGGUUGGUUUCUCGGGCAGCAAUAA